AAUAAUUCUGUAUGUAGCCAUGCCCCAGAGCUAGAGAGGGGCCCGGCACACAUCCCUUACUCACAAGCGCAGGCAGUGGUUAUAUCUCAGUGAGGGGAGUGCAUGGAGCCAGUAAUACAGAGAGCAGGGUUCCAGUGAAGUCAUUUACAACCUGAUCCUCAGAAGAGACGGUAAAGCCCGGAGCGAGUGAGCGCAGCGAGUGCUCCCAUCUGAGUGCGGGGUUUGUGCCAGAGCCCGGGGGCCAAUGGUAAACAGCGGGGCGGGGACCACUGAGUGGCUGCCGGGGAGGAACCGCUCUUACCAAGUGGGAGUCCAUAUAAAGCACAAUUCCCACUUCUCAACACAAAUGCCAAGUGUCUGGGGCUGAGCUGCAAAGUUGGGGCAUAGUGAAAAGAAGGCACCCUAACACUGAAUGCUGGAAUAGGGGCAUCCCACCCAAUCACCCAGCACCCUUCUCACCCAGCACCCCUCCCACCCAGCACCCCUCUCACCUGCUCUAACAAUCCCAGUGGCACCCCCGCCGUCAGUAACUAUUCUGCCCACUGAGAGUAGCAGUGCCAGGGAGCUCAACCAUGUGAAGGUACCGUGGCUUCAUCCGUGGGAUCAGCGCAUUGGCAGCAUCACCUGAGCCCUGAGAGGAACAGAUUGUCAGUGGCGGGAUCCCAGCCUGUCAGGUGCUUCCCCUGUGCCCCACAGUGAGGGGAGGAUCCUGCUGCCCCUGUGCCCCCCCAGCUGCACUGACUGAAGCCCCGCACCUAAGCGCAACCGGGCCCGGCAGAACUCAAUCAUGAAUUGGAAGAUAUGGGAGGACCUUGGCCAGUCCUCUGUACCCAAGCUCCUGCUCUCCUUCCUCUGCGCCUUGACUGUUGCUCACAUCUUGAAGUGGAUCCAUGAAUGGAUAAUCCCUAGGUGGAUCAGAUCUUCUCAACCCCCUGGUCCUUUCCCCUGGCCGCUGUUUGGCAAUGCCUUGCAGAUGGGCAGUUACCCUCAUCUGGCCUUCAUAGAUUUAGCCAAGCGCUAUGGCAACAUCUUUCAGAUCAAGCUGGGAAGCCAGAAGAUAGUGGUGCUGAAUGGAGACUUGGUCAUUCGCCAUGCCCUGCUGCACAAGGGGGAGGAUUUUGCUGGGCGCCCGAAAUUUACCUCCUACCAGUUUGUGUCAGGGGGCCGCAGCCUGGCUUUCGGGUGCUAUACUGAAAAGUGGAAAGCCCACCGCAAACUAGCGCACUCCACUGUGCGAGCAUUUUCCACUGGGAACCCUCAGACCAAGCGAUGUUUGGCGGAGAAUGUACUAAAGGAGGCACGUGACCUCAUUGCGCUCUUUAGUGAGCUGGGGCAAGGGGGCAAGUACUUUUACCCCGGAAGACACACUGUAGUGAGUGUGGCUAAUGUUAUGAGCGCAGUGUGUUUUGGAAGGCGCUACCAACACGGGGACCUUGAGUUCCAGUCCCUACUGAGCAACAAUGACAAGUUCACAAGGAGUGUGGGGGCUGGCAGCUUGGUGGAUGUGAUGCCCUGGCUCCAGCGCUUCCCCAACCCGGUCAGGAGCGUCUUCAGGAGCUUCCAGCAGGUCAACUACGAGUUCUACGACUUUGUCUAUAAAAAGUUUUUGCUGCAUCGAAACACGGCGAAUCAGGCAGUCACCAGGGAUAUGAUGGAUGCCUUCAUCCACAUCCUCAUUACCAAGGAGGGAAAGGUCAGGGCAGAUGAUGCUGAUGGAGGAGAAGAGAAAGGAAAGAAUGGACAAUACUUUUUUCACUCGCUGGAGGCCGAGCAUGUGCCAUCUACAGUCACUGAUAUAUUCGGUGCCAGCCAGGACACUCUGUCCACAGCUCUACAGUGGGUCAUAUUCUUCCUGGUCAGAUACCCAGAAAUUCAAACUAAGCUGCAAGAUGAAAUGGACAGAGUUAUUGGUAAAGAUCGCUUGCCAUGUAUAGAAGACCAACCAAAAUUACCCUACUUAAUGGCAUUCCUUUACGAGUUUAUGCGUUUCAGCAGCUUUGUUCCUAUCACUAUUCCCCAUGCAACCACAAAGAAUACCACUAUAAUGGGCUACCAGAUUCCAAAAGAUACUGUGGUAUUUGUCAAUCAGUGGUCCGUCAAUCACGAUCCACAGAAAUGGUCCAACCCAGGAGAAUUUAACCCUUCUCGAUUCCUAGAUGACAAUGGACUCAUUAAUAAAGACCUGGUAAGCAACAUCAUGAUCUUCUCAGUUGGCAAACGAAGAUGCAUUGGCGAGGAGCUAUCAAAGAUACAGUUAUUUAUGUUCUCCUCAAUCUUAUUGCAUCAGUGUAUAUUCACAGCAUUGCCGGCAGAUAAUCUGAAUCCCAAGGGUGACUAUGGACUAAGCAUUAAGCCCAAACCUUUCAGAAUCAGCAUGACACUGCGGCACGGCAGCAUGGACUUGCUGAAUAAUAGUGUGCUUAGUGGGAUGGCCGAGUAACAUAUUGAACAUCAACUGGCCCUGAGACUGCAUUAUCAUUCCCAUAUCUUGCCAUUUUUUAUUUCAAAUUAUUUAUUGGUUUUGAAAACUUUUUUUGAACUUUAUGAACUUGUUUUUAUUUGACUACUGAUGCACUGAUACAGAAAUACAAGCCUGGGUGAGAGUUCAAUAUAGAAUAUAUGUAUAGUAUGGGAUUUGCUGCAUAAUCUGUUUAGGCAGCUCAAAUUGUCUGCCUUUAGUACACAACAUAUUGACCUCUUGACUGCAGGUGUGUGUUCAGUUGUAGUAGAGAUACUACAACUUUGUGUUAUGGGAUUUCAGGUAUAGUAGGGAGAGAUGGUGCCUAUAUAGCAGUGGGAUAAUAGUCUCUGGGAAGGGAUUGUGGCUGUGGG